AUGUAUGUUUAUGAAACAAACCCCAAUGAAAUUAUAAGUAAAAGUAAAUCAUUAAGCAAUAAAAUGUCAAGUGGUCUUGAUGAAGUACCUGAUUUCAUAUUAAAAACAUGCGCUCACCACAUAGAAAACCCCUUGGCAAAAAUUUUCAACCUCUCUUUAAAAACUGGUGUAUUUCCAGAUAUUUUUAAAAUAGCAAAAGUUACGCCAAUGCUAAAAAAAGGUUCUUCUGAAAAAAAUAUCAAACUACCGACCCGUGUCACAGUUAAAAAGUCUAAAUCUACACAGACACCAAUUUUCGAAUUCUUAGACUGCAUUUUAAAAUCCCUUGAUCAACAUAAAUUAGCUGCAGGUAUUUUUCGAGAUCUAUCAAAAGCCUUUGAUAUCCUGGACCAUAACAUUCUGCUCGAAAAAUUAGAAAGACGAGGAGCUACAACAAGGAAAGCAACAGUACUGCAGGCAUACUAUGCACAGUUCCACUCACUAGUCCGAUAUGGGAUCGUUUUCUGGGGAUACUCAAUUCAUAGUGUAAAGGGACUACCUCCUGAAAACAAGCAAACUGCUACAGAACAAAAAUGUACACAACUAUGGUACCAGAGGGAAAUCAAAUAUACAUCAAAAAUAUCACAGAACAACCACCUAUUAGAGGAGCAUAAUUAA